ACGUGACUCCGGUGACACGUGACAGUCUGGUCCCAUCAUCAUGGCUGUAGCACCACAACCUGUCUACUGGCUGGGUAACGACACCCUGAGGGUGUCUGCUGCCCUUUUUGCUGAGAACCGCCGUCGACUGUGCGAGGGGUUGAAAGCCAAAGAUGGAGUGGUGUCGCAGUCCGUGGUGGUGCUGCAGGGAGGAGAGCAGAAGCAGAGGUACUGCACCGACACAGACCUGCUAUUCAGACAGGAGUCUUUCUUCCACUGGGCUUUUGGGGUAACUGAGCCUGACUGCUUCGGAGCCAUUGAUGUGGACUCAGGGAAAUCCAUCCUUUUUGUUCCCAAACUGCCUGAGAGCUAUGCUACUUGGAUGGGAGAGAUUUUUUCAAAGGAGCAUUUCAAGCAGAAGUAUGCUGUAGAUGAGGUGCAGUUCACCUGUGAUAUCGCUGAUGUCCUGUCCACCAUGAAACCAGCGCUUCUCCUCACACUGAGAGGACUGAACACAGACAGUGGGAGCACCUGUCGUGAAGCUUCUUUUCAAGGAAUCAGCAACUUCCAAGUGAACAACAGCCUUUUACACCCAGUCAUUGUGGAAUGUCGUCUGUUGAAGACCGAUAUGGAGCUGGAGGUCCUGCGCUACACCAACAGGAUUUCCAGCGAAGCACACAAAAUGGUCAUGAAACAUGUGAAACCUGGACAGAAAGAAUAUGAAAUGGAGAGCCUGUUCCAGCACUACUGCUACACCAAAGGAGGGAUGAGACACACCUCGUACACCUGUAUCUGUGGGACGGGCAAUAAUUCUUCUGUUCUCCACUAUGGCCAUGCUGGGGCUCCAAAUGACAAAACCAUUGUGGAUGGAGACAUGUGUCUCUUUGAUAUGGGUGGAGAGUACUACUGCUACUCCUCAGACAUCACCUGCUCCUUCCCAGCCAAUGGGAAGUUCACUGCAGACCAGAGAGCCAUCUAUGAAGCUGUCCUCAAGUCCUCCAGGGCCGUCAUGGCUGCCAUCAAACCAGGUGUGAAGUGGACUGACAUGCACCGCCUGGCUGACCGGGUUCACCUGGAGGAACUGGUGAAAGUGGGCAUCCUGAAGGGCAGUGUGGAGGACAUGCUGAAGGUCCACUUGGGCUCUGUCUUCAUGCCCCACGGCCUGGGACACCUGCUGGGCAUCGACGUGCACGAUGUGGGAGGAUACCCUGAGGGGGUGGAGCGUAUUAAUGAACCUGGACUGAGGAGUCUUCGAAUGGGCCGUCUGGUGCAGGAGCGUAUGGUCCUCACUGUUGAACCUGGCAUAUACUUCAUUAAUCACCUGCUGGACCAGGCCCUGGCCAAUCCUGCCCAGAGCUGCUUCAUCAACAGCCAAGUGCUGGCUCGCUUCCGCGGUUUUGGAGGGGUUCGCAUUGAAGAUGACAUUGCAGUGACAGCCAACGGUAUGGAGCUGCUGACUUGUGUCCCCCGUACCGUCGAGGAGAUCGAGGCUUUCAUGGCCGACGCCGCAAAACCCUUCAGCGCUGUCGUCAGCCAAGAGAAACUUUGAGAGACAACUGGGAACAGGACAACAGACAGUCUUUAAGUAGCAGAAAUAACAAGUAUAACAAGCAAAAAAAUCCAGUCCUCACAGUACCUUCCUAAAGCUUUCAUAAUGGUUUAACAGUAAUAAUUGAAACAGACAAUAUUUUCAACAUCUCUGUGCCUCCUGGUAAAAUCCUCUGUUUUGGUUUUACAAACCAAUGAUUCUUUUAUGCACUUCUUUAUACACAUCCAAGUAUCAUUUCUUAAAACAAUGAAUAAAAUUUCAAUUUGCUCUGG